ACGUUCCCUUUUUUUGUUUCUUGUUUUAGGUGGAUGCCUCGAAGGCACCAGGUUACCGUGGAACUGCCGUAUCUUCGCCGGUGAGCUCCAAAGCAUCGAGCAACUCGACGACGCCACCUUCCGGAAGUUCGCAUCCUAGUCUGCAGCAGCAGCAGCAGCAACAGCAGUCUCAUCUGAUGGCAGGACCUCCAACGAGCAGCAGUGGCCACAUGCAGCAACAGAUGCAACAACAACAACAACAACACCAGCAGCAGCAGCAGCAAUCUCAGUCCGGUCCGUACCAGUCGCCCAACGAGCAGAACGUCAUCAAACCUCCACAGCAGUCGGGUCCACCGCCGAGUGGGCUAGCCGUACAGCGACCAAUCAUCAACACCUCGUCCCAGAUCCGACCGAUCGGACCGGCCAGCUCCGUAGACUACGGCAGUUUGAUGAACUCGCGCGAUCAUCCACCACCGAUGAUGGGAAGUUCGCGGCCACCACCGUCAAUGUUCGACGCGUUGGCAUCCCAAAAUCAGCACGUACUCAACUUUGGUCCGGAUCCGCUACAGUCGUCCUACCAGAGCCACAUGGGACUGGCCGCGGGAGGCAAUCUGCCUCACAUUUCGCGGUUGAACCCGAAAGCGUCGGCCUUUUCGGCGAUUCCACCCUCGCAGAACCAUCAAUCGGCAGCGCCCGGCAGCAAGCUGUCCUCGUCGAACCAGUUCGGUAACAUGUUCCACCAGAAUCCGCCUCCCGGACCGAUCGGAAAGUACCAGAACCUUCCACCGAACGGAGGCGGCCCCGGAAUGCCACCCUACCGGGGUAGCAACCAGCAGUCGCAUGGCCAUGGACCUCCUCCGGGCGGCAAUCGUGGCGGUGGAAGUGGCAGCAACUGGUUCACCGACUUGGCCCACCUUCAAUCGCGAGACCCGCUCAUGAACAUCGAGAACGGACUCGCGAUGGCCCUCGGCGGGUCGCCCACCAUUUCGCCAAACAACAACAACCAACCCACGACGAACGGUGGCCCUGGGGGACCACCCGGGCAGGACGAUGGCCGCAAGAUUUCCCGUGCGAUCGGUUCCGAACGUGCCAGCUGGAAGUUUAACUACGGUUCCAGCGGUGGAAUCGGCGCCAUGGACAACGACCCGAGUGCCCUGGCAGCGGCGGCAGCAGCAGCCGCGGCCGCUGCCGGCACCACCCACUGGAUGGUGGACAAGAACCUGUCCAUGGGCGGCAGCGCCGGCGGUCCCCAGCAGUGGAUGGGACCCCCGCCGAGGCACUUUAUGGACGAUCUGCACCUGCAGGAUCACUUCCAGUCGUUGGCCAUGGAGUACCCGCACAACACCGGCGGAGGCAGUGGUUUAGGUGGAAAUGGGAACGGUCCGAACCAGCAGCAGCAGCAAGCUAAUAUGAACUUUAUGCAGUCGCUGCAGUACCAGUUUAUGCCGGGUGGACCGGCGGACAUGGUCGGGAACGAUGGGCCAUCGCUGCAGCAGCAACAGCAGCAGCAGCAGCCGUGGGAGCACGAGAAGCAUGGCUGGCCAGCCAAGUGGAGUGGACACUAGAAGCAACAGCAGCAAGGGAGGAAAGGCGAAUGGGUUUGAGAAAACGCUCGAAAGAAUAGGAGAAAAAACUCACGAAAAAAAAAACAAACAAGCUUGAAAAGGAAGCUAAUUUUCUUUGCGUUAGAUUUACACAAGCACCCCUGUAGGUAGUGUUUUAGAGUUAUCAUUUUUUUUGUUGGUUGUUUUUUUUUUCUUUCUCUCUCUGUGAAGAGUAAAUAUGGAUGAAGAAAAAUGAAAGAAAGAGAAAUGAAAAUAGUUGUUUGCAGCGACUUUUUAUUAAUUUGUACUCGAUCGUUCCUCCUAUUUCGAUACGGUUUAGAGGGGGGAUCUGUCCAAUUUUGCGUUUUGCUUCACACCAAAUGUUUCGUGAUUUGUGCUGGAAUCAUUUAGUUUGUACGGUAGAAGGAAGGUAGCGCUUUAGCAAUUAGCAAAGAAAAUGAAUCUUCGGUUCGUUUCGUUUCAUAUUAACACACUACUUUUGUGGGAAUCGAGGCGGUCUCCUGCGUUGGAAACUGAAAGCAAUAAAAAAGAAAGUGUGGCAGGGAAAAUUAAGAUGAUUUGUGUUUUCUUUAUUUUUGUUUCCUUUGUUGACAUGAUGCAACCGGAAAUAAUAGAAAGUAAACGAAUGAAAAAAAAAAAAAAAUCUGCCACAUACUAUUUGAAAAAAAAAUGACGAAUUACACUUUUCUCGAGUUUAUCAUACUAAAAAAUCAAACGAAACCUACUCUAAUGGAAGCAAAACUAAACAUAUUUGAACCCAAAAAAACACUCUCACAUACACGCAAAACAAGAAAUGAUGUUGAAAAAAGCUACUUAUAUCUACUCGAAAAACACACACAACUAUUAAAAAGAAGAAAAAAUCGAACUAAAAAAAAAACAACAGACAGAAUCGCUAACCUAACAAAAGUGAACGUAUUUAAUCGAGAAAAACACACAUACACACAGUCUACUAAACUAUUAUUUUGAAAAUUUCGAGACUUUUUUGAUUUUCCCCAAAGAGAAAAAAAAUGCUCGCGCAGAUCGAAAGAACCCGCUUGGCGAAAUGUUGAACCCUUGUUUUUUAGUUCACAUUUGAAAGAGCUAGAACAAAAAAAAACUGCUUAAAAAAUAUCGCCUAACCAUCGCUGAGUGUGUGAAAUUGUAAUUUUUAGAAAUUUCUCAUUAUUUCUCAAAUUUUAAAAAAAAAAGUGAGCGGCGACGACUCUGAAAAUCUGUGGAUACACAUACACACAAGUACUACACUAUAAUGCUAAACUACUAUUAAAAAGAAAUGAUGAAAAAUCCUGCUAAAAAAGAAGAAGUGAAACGGUGAAAACAUAACAGAACUUAACUAAAUCACGCAAGCAUGUUGGUAGAGGAACUAAAAAUGGCUUAGUAAAAACAAGUAAAGCAAAUAUAUUAAACUGCGCGCGCGUUAAAGAGACGAGCAAACAAGCUGAAAACAAAACAUAGUUGCAAAGUAAACGAGCAAAGCUGAUAACACAUAAACACGACAGUGAAGAAGUUAAAAAAACCCUUAGAUUUUACUCUUAUAAUUCUUAAUUUUUCCUUUCGUGCGUAUUUAGUGAGGUAGCUGCUGCUGGGCUUGACGACAUAGUCGACGAUGAAGACGUUUGUUUUCUUCUUCCGGAAAGGGGUUUCUUCUUUUUCCGUUUUGAACCGGGGUUUGGUUUGUUAAAGGACACACACACACAUACACAAUUAUUCUUACACACACACCUUGAAAAACACAUGACAACGCGUAAAAGCAAGUUUCGGUAAAAGUGGAAGGAAUAGAAAGCGAACGCGCGCCACCUCUGUCGAUUUGGGGCGAAUCAAUUGGGCCUGAGUUGUUUCGGAUCGACGUGGGUUUUAAAA